UAGAGAAGAAGAAGGGAUGAAACCUUGCGCUUCCCAGGAGGCUCCGGCAGAAGCAAACUGCUGCAAGCCUCUCCUUGCUUGUGUGUUUUUCCUCAUUAAUAACCUUUGCCAUCUUGGACACACAAGUAUUGCUUGACCAUAUGUAUUUCAGUUUUCAUUGGUGAGAUAUUAGAGGCUAUGCUUUCUGGAGUAGCUUCCGAGUAUUAUCUUGGGCGCUUUGAUUUGCGCCAACAGGUUUCUCGAGACAAAGGGAGCCUACAUAUCCUCCCACUCUUUGGCAGAUCUGAAUUACCUAUCAGUCAGUGCAUCUGUUUUUCUGAGGCUCAGUGUGGGCUUUAAAAGCCUUCGGCGGUUGAAAACAAUGCAGAAGAAAGUUUUCUUCUCGCUGGUAGGAAAAAAGUUGGAGCAUUUCUUUGCGGUUAACCUUAGCUGUCUCCACUCUCCGCAGGAGCAACACAGUUCCCAAUUACGUUUUGAAACAAAUGAUUUGGAGAGCGUGGGUCGGAUGCACUGAAAUGCAUCUGGGGGAUUGGGAUUUUGUGCGCUUGUGUGUCUGCAGGAAAGGAAAGGUGUGUUUGUUCGAUGCAGUUAUGGAUAGUAGUAGUUGUUGUUAACCACCAUCAAACUUUGACUUAUUGCAAGUGUAUGAAUGAGAGAAUUCCAAGUCUCUAAUUCAGGUCUUACAAAGUCAGGGCAAGCAUGGCAUUCAUCCACCUUCAUUGUGGUCUUGCUCUUCUCCUACUGGCUAUUUAUUUCUCCUUUUUUAGCAAUCCACGGUAUCCGCAAAACUCUUCUCCAGGUAUCUCAGUGCCCAGGCAGACUCAUAUUGGGAGAAACCGGCUGAGGACGAUGGAAGUUGUGAUCCAAGACAUCUGGAGAGGGCACUGGAAACACGACAGCAGACUGUCAUCGAAAACUGUGUGCAGCCUUUCCGGUCUCUUGGGUUCGAAUACUUCCUCGUUCCAUUCUUUCUUCAUUUGUUUCUUCCCUGGGAACAUGCUGUAAUUUCCUGCGGUGCGCUUAGGUCUUGCUUCCUUCUUUGCCCGCGUUCCUGCUAUGAUUUACAGCAAAUGGCUGAUCAGGAUUAUAUGACCAUCGUUCCCAUUUGAAGCCAGUUCCGGUUUCAAUUGCGAUGAAGCAAGGCCAACACACAAAAAAACACUCUCUAGUUCUUUGGUGGUUCUUUUGGAAGGGACCCAGGGAGGAUCUAAUUUGUCCCAUGUCAAUGCAAAGAUUGACAGCAUGUUCACAUGCGCCUCCUUGCCAAAACUGAGAAAGUUGUCCACUUUCCAUACUAUCACAGACAUGAUGAUCUCUCUUUCAGAUGUCUCGUGUCUUUUGCUUUUUGCUCCUCUCCUGUUGGCACUUAGCAUUAGAGGGAGUUGCAGUGUUUGUCAGCGUUGCAAUGUAUCUCAGAGUUGCAAUCUUUCUUGGACUUAUCUCGGAGACUUAUGCAUUGCAGUUCCUUCUCAGAGCUUGGGAAAGUUGAGUUUUCCAUUAAGAAGGACUGUUUUUUUCUUUUCCAUACAAGUUUUUGGGAAGCUUUGCGACAAGGGCUGCAACCAGAGCUUCCCCGCAAUGUGGGCUGAGCUUCCAGAGACUUAUCUCAGAGACGUAUCCAUUGCAAGCGCAGACCAAGGCUCCUCCUAAGGCUUUUGUGCCAGAUUGCCAAGCGAGAAGACGCUGAGCCAAAUGGCCGCCAUUAAAAUCCAAGCACGCUUUCCGCAAAAUGGCUUUUAGCCGGACGUGAUGAAUGUGCCACUUUGUCCAAUUAAAGUCAGUCGAGAUGGUAGAGAAAAAUAUGGCUUGCAUUAGAUGCGUCGGCAUAAGUGUGGGAAGUAAGUCAUGUGCACUUAGCUUAAUGGGAUUGCAGCUUUGGCUCUGGGUCCUGAUUGCCAAUCUUAGCAUUGACCAAGAGAAUCUCCAUUGCAGGCUGUUUCCACAUUACUUGGUUAUAUCACUUUGAUAGGACUUUAUCUGCUAUUGUUAUGGCAUAGCUAUGGAUUUGUUGCUGUUGUUAACUUGCAUCAAACCGACUCCGACUUAGGAAGACCCUAUGAACGAAAGACCUCUGGACCCCCUGCAAUUUCAAGUCCUUGGCUUCCUAUAAUACUUAUUGUGCAGCUUCUGACUUUCCUUUCAUCUUUGAGCAAGUCAGCAGCUGAACGGCCUGGAAUCUAGGGAAGACAUCAAUAGUGUACCCCAAAAGGCACCAGAUUCCCAUCAAAUAUUGGAUGUUAACCAGGAUCAGCCCUGGUUAUUACUUGGAUGGGAGACCACCAAUGACUACCGCGUGCUGUAGGCUAUAUUUUGAAGGAAGGAACUGGCACAACCACAUUUCAGGAUUCCUUUCUUUAGAAAACCCUGUGGAAUUCAUAGGAUCGCCAUAAAUCGACAAGCAACUUGAAGGAACAAAUAUUUAAAUACCUUCAAGGCACCAGAUCCUGCCUGGUCUUGAAAGCUAAAGAGAGUCUUCCCUGGAUAGCGCUUGAAUGGGAGACCGCUAACAAAGACCAGGGUCUGUAGGCUGUAUUUCCAAGGAAAGAACUGGUGAAAAACCGUCUCUGAGGAUCCCUUGCCUAAGGAAACCCUAUGAAAUUUGUGGGUCGCCAUAAGUCGACAGGUGGCUUGAAGGAACAAAGACACGUAUUGAAAUAACUUCAAGGUGCCAGAUCCUGUCUGAUGUUGGAAGCUAAAGAGAGUCUGCCCUGGAUAGCGCUUGGAUGGGGGAACCGCGAACGAAGACCGGGUGCUGGAGGAUAUAUAUAUUUCAGAGGAAAGAACUAGCAACAUCACCUUUAUGUAUUCCUUGCCUAAGAAACCCUCGGAAAUUAAUGAGGUCACUGUAAAUCAACAGGCGACUUGAAGGCACAGAUACGGAAUCUGGACCCAGUGGCUUUACCAGGUUUUAAGUAGAGAUAGUAAAUCAAUCAUUUUUCUGGGAGUUACACUCUCCUGGAGAAAGAAAGAAAGAAAGAAAGAAAGAAAGAAAGAAAGAAGAAACCAACUGAAGGAGCUGAGCAUGUGCGCAUUGUCAGGUGUGCUAUUGGUCUCUGGAUUAGUCAGAGGUUGUGCAAACCUGGGGCAGUUUCAGCUCCUGUUCCUGCAAAUGCCAACUUAUCUUUAUCAACCGUAAAUGGGAAGAAAAGGCCUUGCUGGCACGGCACCCGGUUCCUUUUGGAUUUUGCGGCAUCGAGAAAGGGCCCGGCUCAAUGAACAUGACCGAUCUGGAGAGGGUGGCUUAUCGGAUGGCUUGGCAUUCAUGGGGUAAAUCAUUCACAGACGGAUGGAUGGAAGGAGGCGGUGAAAGGUGAUGAGAUCUUAUUUUACACUCCGUGACUCGGGAGGAGCCCUACACGGCACUAAACUUGGACUCAAUCCUUUGUUUAUGAGAGGCAUGGUCUAAGUGGUUCUCUCGCACCGGAUCCUGCAGAUCACCGUCAGAGAAGAUGGCCCAUUCCAGGUCGAACGGAUCCCACUAUGCCUUGACAGCCAUAGGGCUGGGGAUGCUGAUCCUUGGCAUCAUCAUGGCUGUUUGGAACUUGGUCCCGGGGUUUGGCCUAAGUACAAAGCCCCACUCGGUUGGAAACAGCAGUAAGACUGAUCCCGACGGAGGGACUUUGCAUAAGAACAAGACUGUUUCGGUGGCUUACGUUUUGGUCGGCGCUGGGAUAUUGCUCUUGCUGUUUUCUGUUUGCCUGAGCAUCCGGGACAGAAGGAAGCAAAGGCAAGACAUAGACAUUUCUAGGAUACAGCAUCAAACGUCGAUUGAGCAUCAGCCGCAGGAAGACAGUCAAGAAGAAGACGAGGAGACCCUCUCGCGGUAUUACGUCCCGAGUUACGAAGAAGUGGUGAACGCCAACUAUCCCAGGCAGAGCGACGCGGACAGAGGCGAGCCAAUCAACAUGUCUCUUCCCUCGUAUGAAUCUCUGACAGGGAUCGAUGAAAGCACCCCGACCAGACCCCAAACGGCGGCCGACGGGCAUCUGGAGCGCCAACCCAGCCGGCACAGCUCCCGCCUGGGCAAAAGACUUAAGCCCUUGAAAGUCCGGAGAAUCAAGUCCGAAAAGCUCCACCUGAAAGAUCUCCGAGUGAACCUUCCCGAGGGAAACGGUUCUGGCCGGAUCACCAUUGAGCCUCUGACUCCCCCUCCGCAGUACGACGAGAUUUCCAGCAAACCCUCCGAAAGACAAGGAGGAUCUUAAUGCAACGUUCUCUAAAACAUCAUUCAAUACUUCAGAAGAGUCAAGGUUUUGGCCUUUAAAAAGAGCUGGUUUGAACUAGAUAGAGGUUGCAUCUGCAUUGCAGCGUCAGUGCCGUUCUGGUGGUGCUUUAGCAGUGCAAUGGCUCAAUGGCAUAGGAUCCUUGGGUUUGUCGUUUUGCAAGCUUUCUCUGCCAAAGAGUGUUGGUGCCUCACCAAACUACACAUCCCAGGAUUUUAUAGGAUGGAAAUGUGCUUGUUAAAGUGGUGUCUAAGUGCUUUAAUUCUGCAGUGCAGAUGCAGAUGUUAUUCAUUUUGGCAAUCAUCCGAAGGGGACCAAAGUUGUAUUGGUCAGUGUCUGGACCAUGACAUUAAAGCAUAAUUUUUAUGCUGAAUGCUUCUGGACCUUUUGAAAAAGAACAAGAAGCAUGAAAUCCUUACUUUUCUUUGGGAUGUGUGGAAACUGGAUCCCAAACCAUGUGUGGAGAACCAUCGGCGAGACCCUCAUGAGACGAGCAUCUCAAUGGAAUAUUAUUUCGAUAAAUCCCCAUACGGAGAGGAUUCGAACUCCCCUACUAUUGUGUAAAUCCUCAUCUGUAGUAAAACCCAGAUCUGUCGCUUCCGGUGUGGACUCAACCCAGAAGAAGUCCUUCCAAAUGUGGGGAUAAUAAAAACCCAGAUAAACGCAAGGAUGUGUUUGAUAGCUGUCAAAACUGGAGUCCUUAUGUUUGCAUUUUUCUAAGCGAUGGCUUAUUUUCCACUCUUUGGAUUUUGGGUUUUCCGCAUCGUCCUGUUUUUCUCACGGUGACCAUUUCAUUUUUUGGAAAAUGUCUUUUCCCCGGAAAAGGUGGAAGCAAAGGCCUGUUACAGACAGCCAAAAUAAAGCUGCUUCGAGUCACAGUGGAGGUUUGGUGUUUCAAUGCUGCAUGCGUCCUAAGAGUCCAGAAGUCGC